CUAAAAACGCGCGUGGGGUGUAACAAACGUCCAUGUGCAGCAUGUUCCCCCACCCGCUCGAUUGCCAGCCAGCAUCUGGGCUGCACAGACAAGAGGAGUAAAGUUUAGUGAGGUAAUCGUAUCACGGCUGCCCAAUAGACAGACCAUGGCAGGUCUGCCGCAUCCCUCAGCUGCUCCACAGGGCUUCCGAGCUCCGCUCUUGAGCCUCAAACGCCAUGGGCAUCGGGUAUCGAGGUUGGCAAUUGUUCCUGGCAUACGCCUCUUCUGCCACUUAUCUCGACCUCGAAAAGGAAGCAUACAGUGCAGCAGCGCACCUCGCAGAGUUCCAGAUCCACAGCUCCGGUCCUCGUCUGCAGCCGUUCGGGGCCCUAGCGAACGCCUCGUCACGCGACGGCAUGCCGUUCGGAAUGUCAUCCAGCGUCACCUGUCGCCACGAUGCAUCUCGAACCAACACAUUUGCUUGUCAUCGCCCUGGUCUUCCCCGCAAUCACCUUGCGUGUAUUCAAGCCCCCUUGCAGGUGAUCAUGCACGACUUCAUUUGCUGCGUGAGCCGAAAAAUUUGAUACAUAAAAUCGGGAAUCUAGUCAGCCUCCCACGCUAUCACUGGCCCAUCCCACGAAUUCUGGGACGUGUAUUGCGACUUUACCUGUGCGUUGGCCAACGACGCUCAAAGCGAUACCCGAAAGAACAAUCGCGCCAACUGCGUUUAGACUGAGAUAUCUCUCCCCGCUCUCACUGUGCUUGCCGUCCGGCUUCUAGAUCCACAAAAUGCGUACGGCAGCCUUGCUACUAUUCUCUCAUCUCCUCUUCCCUCACCCUAGUUCGGUAAAUGCGCCCUGAUCGAUAUUUAGUGGAGGCGGGUUCGACUUUUAGUUUCAUCAACCGCCCCAACAACUGAUUGCAUCUUCUUCUCUUCUUCGCUGUUGAUUUGUC